AUGGACACCAGAUCAAUCAUCAAAGCUUCAGUAUUCCUCAUCUUGACGCUGAUCAGCACUCCGUCCAAUCUCGCCAUCUGCUGCGCUUUCCUGGACAUGCUGCUAACUGAUGGCAAACUCAUGGCCACCGAUGUCAUCCUCUUCCACCUAGCCUUAUCCAACCUAAUGGUGGCACUAUCCCGCAGUGUCCCUCAGACGCUCACUGCAUUUGGGUGCACUAAUUUAUUUGAUGACUUGGGCUGUAAAGUUAUCGUCUUCUGCUUUCGCCUUUACCGUGGCCUUUCCAUAAGCCUCACCUGUCUGCUAAGCGUAUACCAAGCUGUCAUCAUCUCUCCUGCCAUCACAAAGCUGGCAGUGCUGAAAAAUGGACUGUCAAGGAGUCUGGUACCCUUAAUCAUAUUUCUCUAUGUCUUUUGUGGUAGUACUAACGUGUACCCAAUUCUGUAUGCUGUGUCUAAAUUGAUAAACAACACUGUGCCACCUUAUACAUUCAACCUGGAAUUCUGCUUUAUUCCAUACCCUGAUGCAACCUCCUAUAUUUCGGCCGGACUCAUUAAUUUUUUUAGAGAUUUUUUGUUCAUCUUACUGAUGGCCAUCAUGAGUGUUUAUAUUCUGGUACUUCUUUACCAACAUGGCAAAAAAGUCAAAAGCAUUAGGAGCUCCGAUCGGAAUCAUUCAGAAGCAAGACCUGAAACCAAGGCAUCCCGAGCCGUGGUCACCUUGGUCAUCCUCUAUGUCAUCUUCUUUGGAGUUGACAAUGUUAUCUGGUUGUACUCACUAUCUGUAUUUAGAGUGGCAACACUUAUUAAUGACAUCCGGGUCUUCUUUGCCACCCUUUACACUUCGGUGUGCCCAGUUGUUGUCAUUGCCACCAAUCCGAAGGUCAAAGCAAAGCUGAAGGAGUUCAGCUUGAAGAGACUUCCUAAUUCAGUGAAGACCAUUAAUCCUACUGUAUAA